GAGGAAAUAUCAGCAGCCUUUUGCCUUUCUUGCAGGAAAGUCUGAAAUGAAGAUUUGGGAUCAGAUUCGGUGGAGGGCCGGCUCAGCAUCACCUCUGUGUUUAUUUUACUGGGCGGAUGCACAGGCGAACACACAUACACACGUUUGCACACACACAGACAGCCGUUCAGACACACGCACACGCUCUCUCUUCUGUACAGACAAAAUAAAACCUCCAGCGCUAUAGCUGAAACGCUGAUUCAAAACAACAGUUGGUGGCUGCGGCCGCUGCUGUCUGCUUUCCAUUCCCCACAGCCCCACCGCGGCUUGCAACGGUGACUGGAAACAAACAGGAAAACCCCAAAAUUAAUAAUAAAAAUUACAUCUUCCUGCCCUGGGGGAAGGGAAGAAAAACUCUUUCUAAGGCAGUGAUUCUGCCAGGAAAAGCUCUCCCCUCCAGCGACCUGCUGAGUAUCCAAGGAUGCUGGGCGCGAGGUGACCAGUGGGGUGGGGGGAAGGAUUGGGUCCCUCCGGCUGGGGCUGGGGUGCCCGCAGAGAGCUGAGGGUGCUGGUGGGUGUCUCCGGGAGCUGUGACUGAGCGAGGCGGUGCCAGGGCUGGGGGCGGAUUUUUUGAGCUCCUCAGAGCAGCGGCAGCCGUUGGAGGAGUUGGGCGGCUGUUUCUCCCUCUCCGCUCAGAGGAGGAGGAAGAAGAGGAAGAAGAGGCUUCGCUGCUGCCUCUCUCAUCCUCUCCCCACCUCCCCUUUUCCCCCCAACCUUUAUGGACGAGCGCCGGAGCUUGCUUUGCUCCCCAGCUGCCUCUUCCUUCAGCCGGUACCCGCGGGGUGGUUCGACCAGCAGCCACCACAACCUGGGCUACAGCGAGCAGCUGCCCCCCACCGCCCCCCAGCCGCUCCCCGAGCAAGAGGAGGAAGAGGGGGAAGAAGGGGAGGAAGGCAGCAUGACGGUGGUGGGGGGCGGCGGCGGCGGAGACCCUUUGCUGGAAGAACCCCAGCAUCCUCAUCCUUUGCUCGGUGGGGACCGCUAUGAUCAACCCCCACCCGCUGCCACCGUCCCCACCGGCCAACCCGUGGAUGGUGGGGAGCACGAGUGCUGCGAGAGGGUGGUGAUCAACAUCUCGGGGUUGCGCUUUGAGACCCAGCUGAAGACGCUGGCACAGUUCCCCGAGACGCUGUUGGGCGACCCCCGUAAAAGGAUGCGCUACUUUGACCCCCUCCGCAAUGAGUAUUUCUUCGACCGUAACCGUCCCAGCUUCGAUGCCAUCCUCUACUACUACCAGUCAGGCGGGCGCAUCCGGCGACCCGUCAACGUCCCCAUCGAUAUUUUCUCCGAGGAGAUCCGCUUCUACCAGCUGGGGGAGGAGGCCAUGGAGAAGUUUCGGGAGGAUGAGGGUUUCAUUCGGGAGGAGCAGCGUCCGCUUCCCGACAAGGAGUUUCAGCGCCAAGUGUGGCUCCUCUUCGAGUACCCUGAGAGCUCUGGGCCAGCCCGAGGCAUUGCCAUAGUCUCUGUCCUCGUCAUCCUUAUCUCUAUUGUUAUCUUCUGUCUGGAGACCCUACCUGAAUUCAGAGAUGACCAUGACUACGAGGGAACUGGGGGAACCUUCGGGACAGGUGGUGGCCCUCUCCCACCUGAUGUCUUCACCAACUCCUCGUCCUCUGCUGCUUCCAUGGUGUCAUCCUUCACUGACCCCUUCUUCGUGGUGGAGACUUUGUGCAUCAUCUGGUUCUCCUUUGAGCUGCUGGUCCGAUUCUUUGCCUGCCCCAGCAAGGCCACCUUCUCCAAGAACAUCAUGAACAUCAUUGACAUUGUGGCCAUCAUUCCCUACUUCAUCACACUGGGCACCGAGCUUGCUGAGAGGCAAGGCAAUGGCCAGCAAGCCAUGUCUUUAGCCAUCCUCAGAGUCAUCCGGCUGGUCAGGGUCUUCCGGAUCUUCAAGCUCUCCCGGCACUCCAAGGGUCUGCAGAUCCUGGGGCAGACUCUCAAGGCCAGCAUGCGGGAGCUGGGUUUGCUCAUCUUCUUCCUCUUUAUCGGCGUCAUCCUUUUCUCCAGUGCCGUCUACUUUGCAGAAGCCGAUGACCCCAGUUCAGGUUUCAGUAGCAUCCCUGAUGCCUUCUGGUGGGCGGUGGUGACCAUGACCACCGUGGGCUAUGGGGAUAUGCACCCCAUUACCAUUGGGGGCAAGAUCGUGGGGUCUCUUUGUGCCAUAGCGGGGGUGCUAACCAUCGCUCUCCCCGUGCCUGUCAUAGUCUCCAAUUUCAACUAUUUCUACCACCGAGAGACAGAAGGUGAGGAACAAGCCCAAUACAUGCACGUCGGGAGCUGCCAGCAUCUCUCAUCCAGCGAGGAGAUGAGGAAGGCUCGCAGCAAUUCCACCCUCAGCAAGUCCGAGUACAUGGUGAUCGAAGAAGGAGGGAUCAACCACAGUGCAUUCAAACAGGCUGCCUUUAAGACAGGCAACUGCACGACCUCAAACAAUCCCAACUGUGUGAACAUCAAAAAGAUCUUUACAGAUGUUUAAAAUAACAAAACCAACCAAACAGCAGCAAAAAGCUGAGGAUGCCGUAGAAAAAUAACGACAACAAUAAUAAUGCAAAGUGACUGUGUACUUGGUGUUGUGUGGAACAUGCACCAUCAUCGGUCUGUGUACCCUCGUUUUUAUAUGUUUAUUUUUUUAGAUCCUUCCUUUCUAAAGAUCCAAAAAGACGGAUUUAAAAUUCUCCAGAGGAGAGGAUGGCUAAAGGGUAAAGAGGAGGAAGAUGAAGACAAAAACCACACUCACCGUUGAAACAGGUGUUUGUUCUGCAACGUGUUGCAGGGCUGCUUUUGUUUUCUUGGGUUCAGGGACCUCUCGCAUUGCUCCUGGAUCUCCCCCUUCCUCCUCUCCAUUCCCUAAAGGCAGCGCGUAGCCGAUUUCCCUUCCAUCACAUCAAUUCACUUGUUGGAUUAUCAAUGCCAGAUUGGGUGGGGAGGCGAGGAAAACGUGUUGCAGGGCGUACUGGAAGGGGGUUGGGAGGAAAUAACCAUUUAAUUUUGCAGAGAGUCUCUGUUACCACAUUGUUAAAUGACUCUUAAUAUUGAAACGUGGUGUGCCAUUACGGGCACAUCGCAGAUUCCGUUUUCUCCCCCGUCAGAUCAUUUAUGAAAUUCUAAUCUGGUCAGAGACUGAGUGCAUUCAGUGCCGAUUUAAAUAGGAGAGAAAAGCAAUCCAACCGUCUUUUUCUAUUCUUAAUUCCCUUCCCCUGUAGCCCUAUGGCGUUAUUUCAUCCAAUGUUAAAUUUGUGGCCGUGCAGCAGGUCUGUGUGUAGGGAGGAGAGAGGCGAAAGGCAGAACGGAAUGGUUUCAGGAGCUGAUGGUGUGUGUGGAGCGGGGGAUGCAGGAUCCGUGCCAGGCUUCUCGCCGUGGCUGUGCAGCCUCAAACCCACUCAGUUGGAGACAAAGGGAUAUUUCCUCUUUUUUUUUUUUUCUCGCAAUGCAUUUGGGAGAGAUGCAGCUGCUUAUCACAAGAAGAUUAAAGUGGCGAACACGUCUUCCAGCGGAAGUCACUAAUUCGGACCAGAGUGAUGCAGUUGCCAUGGCGACCCUGGUUUCCUGGGAAACCCCCAAAGGUUGUCAUGGCAUCCCUUCUCCCAUCCCCCUUAGUCCUCAUUCUUCCCACAAAAAAAAAACCUUUCCAGAUGGUUCCAGCCCCAUCAUCCCGCAGGACACCGUGGCUCUACCCGGCUGUGUGACCCCACCCUGGCACCCCCUUCCCGGACUGUGGCUUCCCCUCUGCCAAAUAAAGCGCCCAUGGGCAAUAAGCACACCUCAAAUCCACCUCUCCCUCGCAGAGGAGCUCACACCUUGGCACUGAAAUGUGGGGAUGGAGUCUCAUCCUGCAAACAAGAGUUCCUGCUCUGCCGAGAACGACCCCCGCGCUCCUCCUGCACCACUUGAAACCCAGCGGUUUCCCCAAACCCAGUGCAAAAUGGCACUGGGCGGCCAAUGGGAGAGCUCGGCUGAGAAACCUUGGCAGCUUUUUGCAACGAGGGGGACAGAUCUAUAAAGAAUGGGACUGAAAAGUAACCAAAACCCCGCCGGGGAAAAUAUACCGGCUUCAUCUUCACCUGUGCACCAGGGGCCAUGGGACAUCUGAUGGGAUCAGGGAUCCCAGAUUGUGGGUUCUGUGGGAGCAACGCUGCAGUCUGAGUGCCGAGCAUGGGAUCACCCCUGGCUCCUGCCAUCCCCUCUAUCAGAUUUAUGAAGUCAAACCAAUGCUUAAUAUCAUGUGAAUUAUAUUGGAUCAGAACAAACCCAGCUGGAUGAGGAAAACCAACUUUGUGCUAAUUAUUCUGGAUUUUGAACUUGCCAUUAAGGAUGUGCGUAAAAGCGGUUCUGUGCUCUGCCCAACAGACAACAGAAGAAGUUUAGAAAUUAAGACCUUCAGGACUGUGUUGAGAAAUGAAACGUCUCCGAGGAAAUGGCAAACAUCACAGACACGGCGACUCACGCUGCUGUGGAGCUGAUGGAUGGAGGAUCUGUCCUCCCCACUUAAACCCAUUUCACAUCUCAUAUACAGAUAUAAAAUAUUUGGAGCGUUAUCUGUGUUUUCAAAGUGCAUUAAGUAGAAGGGAACAUCUUUGCAGCCAGAAGAUUAUCUUCAAAUCAUGUGCAAUAUAACGAGACUGAACAAAGCCAGGGAAAAGAAGGAGGAGAGGUGGAAACUGUUUGGACAUACUUUCAGUCUUUUUUUAUUUUUAUUAUUAUUAUUUAAAAAAAUCUCUUGAAAGAUUAAGCAUCCAGAAAGGAAACGUUAACCAGAGCUGCUAAUAAACAG